AUGUCUGAGCGCGCCGCUAUAAAUACCGCCGGCGCAUUCCUCAGGGACCCGGCGGCACUGCCCCAGUCAUACAGCAUACAGCAUGUGCUGUGGGCGGGGGGCGACAGGGGCGGGGGGCGACAGAGGCGGGGGGCGACAGAGGCGGGGGGCGACAGAGGCGGGGGGCGACAGAGGCGGGGGGCGACAGAGGCGGGGGGCGACAGAGGCGGGGGGCGACAGAGGCGGGGGGCGACAGAGGCGGGGGGCGACAGAGGCGGGGGGCGACAGAGGCGGGGGGCGACAGAGGCGGGGGGCGACAGAGGCGGGGGGCGACAGAGGCGGGGGGCGACAGAGGCGGGGGGCGACAGAGGCGGGGGGCGACAGAGGCGGGGGGCGACAGAGGCGGGGGGCGACAGAGGCGGGGGGCGACAGAGGCGGGGGGCGACAGAGGCGGGGGGCGACAGAGGCGGGGGGCGACAGAGGCGGGGGGCGACAGAGGCGGGGGGCGACAGAGGCGGGGGGCGACAGAGGCGGGGGGCGACAGAGGCGGGGGGCGACAGAGGCGGGGGGCGACAGAGGCGGGGGGCGACAGAGGCGGGGGGCGACAGAGGCGGGGGGCGACAGAGGCGGGGGGCGACAGAGGCGGGGGGCGACAGAGGCGGGGGGCGACAGAGGCGGGGGGCGACAGAGGCGGGGGGCGACAGAGGCGGGGGGCGACAGAGGCGGGGGGCGACAGAGGCGGGGGGCGACAGAGGCGGGGGGCGACAGAGGCGGGGGGCGACAGAGGCGGGGGGCGACAGAGGCGGGGGGCGACAGAGGCGGGGGGCGACAGAGGCGGGGGGCGACAGAGGCGGGGGGCGACAGAGGCGGGGGGCGACAGAGGCGGGGGGCGACAGAGGCGGGGGGCGACAGAGGCGGGGGGCGACAGAGGCGGGGGGCGACAGAGUGUGUGGGGCGACAGAGGUAGGUAGUGGUGGGUAUGUAGAGGGGGAAGAAGGGUGGAAGUGUGGGGGAAAGGGUGUAAGUGGGAGGAAAGGGGGCAAGUGGUGGGAGAAAAGGGGGCAAGUGGUGGGGGAAAAGGGGGCAAGUGGUGGGGGAAAAGGGGGCAAGUGGUGGGGGAAAAGGGGGCAAGUGGUGGGGGAAAAGGGGGCAAGUGGUGGGGGAAAAGGGGGCAAGUGGUGGGGGAAAAGGGGGCAAGUGGUGGGGGAAAAGGGGGCAAGUGGUGGGGGAAAAGGGGGCAAGUGGUGGGGGAAAAGGGGGCAAGUGGUGGGGGAAAAGGGGGCAAGUGGUGGGGGAAAAGGGGGCAAGUGGUGGGGGAAAAGGGGGCAAGUGGUGGGGGAAAAGGGGGCAAGUGGUGGGGGAAAAGGGGGCAAGUGGUGGGGGAAAUGGGGGCAAGUGGUGGGGGAAAUGGGGGCAAGUGGUGGGGGAAAUGGGGGCAAGUGGUGGGGGAAAUGGGGGCAAGUGGUGGGGGAAAUGGGGGCAAGUGGUGGGGGAAAUGGGGGCAAGUGGUGGGGGAAAUGGGGGCAAGUGGUGGGGGAAAUGGGGGCAAGUGGUGGGGGAAAUGGGGGCAAGUGGUGGGGGAAAUGGGGGCAAGUGGUGGGGGAAAUGGGGGCAAGUGGUGGGGGAAAUGGGGGCAAGUGGUGGGGGAAAUGGGGGCAAGUGGUGGGGGAAAUGGGGGCAAGUGGUGGGGGAAAUGGGGGCAAGUGGUGGGGGAAAUGGGGGCAAGUGGUGGGGGAAAUGGGGGCAAGUGGUGGGUGA